CUCGCGUCUCUGCCGGCCCGCUUUGGGCCGCUCCGGCCGGUGCUUUGCCCCGGCGCCGCAGUGCGCUCGGCCAACCGCCUCUAGGAGCGCCCAGCCGAACGCCCCGGGAGCCGGCGGGCGGCGGCCCUCGCCGGGGACCCUGCAGCGGGCCCAGGGGGACAAAAGUGGCUCUAAAUCCAGCACAGGCACAUUGAAGCGAGUUAAAGGAUUUAAUAUGAAGCACAGAAGCAGAUAGUGCCAAAUAGCAAGCUGUAGUUGGUACACAUUUCUGGAAAAGCAGUGUCCGUGUUGUUAUGUACACCUCCAAAAAAGUUCAGAUCUGUAGGGGAAUUGUUGUAUAAAGUAAACUGAACUACAGGGUAGCAGUAUCUUAAUAGCUAUUCUAGACGUGUAUUUACUGUAUUAAAAAUGAGUAAAAGAACAAGCAGUGACACACCCCUAGGAAGAGUGAGUGGGGCAGCAUUUCCUUCUCCCACUGCUGCUGAGAUGGCGGAAAUUAGUCGAAUUCAGUAUGAAAUGGAGUACACCGAAGGUAUUAGUCAGCAAAUGAGGGUCCCGGAGAAAUUAAAGGUAGCACCACCAAAUGCUGACCUGGAACAAGGAUUCCAAGAAGGAGUUCCAAACGCUAGUGUCAUUAUGCAGGUUCCAGAGAGGAUUGUUGUAGCAGGAAAUAAUGAAGACAUUCCAUUUUCAAGACCAGCAGAUCUUGACCUUAUUCAGUCAACUCCCUUUAAACCUCUGGCACUAAAAACACCACCUCGUGUACUUACACUAAGUGAAAGACCACUAGAUUUUCUGGAUUUAGAAAGACCUCCUCCAACCCCUCAAAAUGAAGAAAUCCGUGCAGUUGGCAGGCUAAAAAGAGAGCGCUCUAUGAGUGAAAAUGCUGUUCGCCAAAACGGACAGCUGGUCAGAGCUGACUCCAUGUGGCACAGAUCAGAUUCUGCCCCAAGAAAUAAAAUUUCAAGGUUCCAGGCACCGAUUUCUGCACCGGAGUACACUGUGACACCAUCGCCACAACAGAUUCGGGUCUGUCCUCCCCCAGUGUUACCUGAAGAUGGAGCUAAUCUUUCCUCUGCUCGAGGCAUUUUGUCGCUUAUCCAGUCUUCCACCCGUAGGGCUUACCAGCAGAUCUUGGAUGUGCUGGAUGAAAAUCGCAGACCUGUGUUGCGUGGUGGGUCUGCUGCCGCCACUUCUAAUCCUCAUCAUGACAACGUCAGGCAUGGCAUGUCACAUAUAGAUACAACAAUUGAAGGAACUUCAGACGACAUGACUGUUGUAGAUGCAGCUUCGUUAAGACGACAGAUAAUCAAACUAAAUAGACGUCUACAACUUCUAGAAGAGGAGAACAAAGAGCGUGCUAAAAGAGAAAUGGUCAUGUAUUCAAUUACUGUAGCGUUCUGGCUGCUUAAUAGCUGGCUCUGGUUUCGCCGCUAGAGGUAACCUCAGCUCUCAAAAAUAUUGUCUCAACAGCUGGAAAUAUAAAGAAUUUGCAAACUUCUUUGUUUCUGUCUUUGCAUUGUAUGCCGUUUUAUAGUCCAUGCACUGAACAUGUAUUUCUUCCAGAAAGGAGGGGGGAAGGACUGAUAUUUGCAGAAGUGAAGGUAUAUUUCUCUCACUCAGCUGUAGUCACUUUUACGCAGAUCUGCAGUAACAAACACCUUAAAAUUCUCCCUUUGCAUGUUUUGUAAAUAGGCUCUUGUUUGUUUUUUUAAAGGAAUUUUUGCCUCAUCAGCUCACACAAUUAAUUCUCUGAAUGGGAGAGAGAGUGCAUAGGAAAUGGAUUUAGAGAAGUAUCUGUAGAAGAAAAAUAGUACUUUAUUUUGUCCUGUUUCUCAAACACUGUUAAACUGAACAGUUUUGUUAAUAGACACUUUUGCAUCCACAUUUCAACAUUAACACUUCUGAAGUCAUGGUCUGGUGUUAGAUUUGAUAAAGUCGAGGCACUUCAUGUUUUCCAGUCACCUCCAUUACAGUAAUUCCUAACAUUUCCAGCAGUUUAUCUAAUGUGUGUAAAAUGUGUGUUCUUAUUUUUAUUUUAGUUUUGCAGAUGGUUUUCUAUAAAGUAUGUUUUUACUAAGUCCCUGUGUGAAUGAUUAAAAAAACUACAGAAUAAGGUACAAAUGUAGUAUAUUUAAUAAACUGUCAA